AUGGCUUGUGUUCUCAUACCGUUCCCUCGGGAAAAAGCAAGAACUGAUAACUUUUUGAUCACAGCAUCUGUUUCGCUACUGGAUGUUGAAUUACGCAAGAAAAGGUGGUAAGGGACACGAUAAAGUAUUUUCUUUUUCUCUUUUCUGUUAAAAGUUUAGUCUUCGAAGCUGCUUGUCUCACUAGGGUCAGAUUAGAAAGUAAUCAAUAGUGAAACUCUGACGAAGCAUACAAUUUCGAAAACAAUAUUAUUUUCACUAUGAUUUUCACCAUGAUUCGCUAUUCAUGGUUGAAUACCAAGUCAGACUAAAGCAACAGAAACAAAGGGUCAUUCCCCAAACUGAAUAUUGUUUGCCCUUUGAAAUUGCAAGACUCGGUGGAAAAAACAAUUACUAAGCUAAUUCGUAGUAACAAAUUUUCACGGCAGUGCUGCGAGAGAAGGUUUUUGAUUACGGUCAAUAGUUCACAGCGAGGGGGAGGGAGGGGUCAAUUAUUGAGGAAAAACAUGGCGGUGGCCUUGAACAUGCAAUGUGCUUCUUUGCCUCCUGUCGUAUUCCAAAAUAACAAAAGAUGUAAGUGCAUAUCGGCCCUUGAAUAAUAAAACGUCAAUCGCUUCUACAAGGAAAGAAUCCGCACUGAAUAGAAGUAUGGUUGACCAUGGAAACUUUUUCAUGUUAUGCUGAUUUUCAUGUUUUGUUCCUCAAUUAGGUAUCCCCACAAGCUUGCAGUUUUUUGGAAAAAAAGAAAAGCGAAAUACAGUACAAAGGUAGUCAAUGUAGACUUUGGAUUGCUGUUCUUUCCCUCUUAAUUAGCUCAUUAAACGUUAUUGAUUUCUUACUUGUCAGUAUGAGUUAAAGAAAUAUUUAUCCCGAUUCGUUUCGCCCUCAGCCGGUAGCAUGGUUUGGAGGUAUUAAAAAUGGAAAUCGUGGUGUUCAUGUUUGGCCUGAGCCUGAUCCAGUAGACAGCAAACUUACUCUCCUCAAGGUAAGUUUUAAACAAAGGCAAAAUGAGGUGCUGAUUUGUGGACAGAUUUCCGUAAAGUGCCACAGCAUUUGGAAACAAAAUUGUGGUCCAAAAGACUUGCUUUCGUCAUUGUUUUCUUUAUCCAAGAUCUUUAUGCAUAAUGAACUAUGGGGAAGUGCUGAAAUCUUGGCCAACGUUUUUGAAACCAUAGUUUUUGUAAACACGUUACACCCUCUUACUGAAGUCUUCCAUCUUUUGUUGUGGAGAGUUUCGAAGCCCCAAGGUUUCAUCGCUUUACCUUUUGCAUUGGAUUCACUAUGUAAUAUCAUAUUAAGUUUUAACGCUAAAUCUAUAGUAAUUUUCAUCGUAAAAGUUAAAAACAGAACAGCUGAAAAGAAAAAAAAAUGCAAUGAUCCUGUUUCUAUUUAACGUUUUGCUGCCAAAUACCAUCAUAUGAACUUUAUCUCACAACAAGGCUCUUUGGAGGCUAGAAAUUACUGCCAUGAUAGGAAAAAUGAAAAAGGACCUUAAGCAUUCAGGAUAGUGACGUCAAGGAAGACAUUGAUUAAAAGAGUGAAUUUAAACCUUUUUAGUUGGAAUUUCCUGAAUGCCUGCAUGAAUGUGUUUGCUUUCUCUAAUUGUGCCACAUGACUCAGCCUUUGUAUAAUGUAUGUGAGCAGCAUAAUGAGUUCCAUAUUGACACUGAAAUAAUUUUCUGUCAAUGUUAUCAUACAUAGACCACGCCAAAUUUGAUUAUUUCAUGUUGAGUUUUAGCCAAGGACAGUUUCAAAAUGAACAAAGUUCUAAUUUCUUAGCUAUUGCUCUGCUUAUUCAUUCUGAUCAUUCAUUUUACCACAUCUUUGUUUCUGCUACUCUAAUGGUUUGCUCAAGGUCCCUGAUAUUGUUGUUAUCAAGUUUGUUUGUUUAUUUGAAAACAAUAUUUAUUUGUAUUUGUAGAACCAAGAGGAGGAAAUGACAGAAUAUCAAGAAAAGCAGUGGAAUAUUUUCAUCUGUAAUGUAAGCUUUUCCCUUUUCUAUUCUAAUGGCAUGCAGUUGCUCUUUGCCUUUGAUAUUAUAUUCACUCCACACAGUGUGGAGUGAGUCUGAAAACUGUUCAUCUUUCUCUUGCUUCUUUGAAAUCAUUAGGUGUCCCACAGUGUUCGCCACCAGCUUCUGGCCACUGGCUGUAUUGAUAUCAGCAAUUACAUUAAAGAGAGGCCUGGAAAAUUGGAUGUUACAGUCACCCUUAAGCCAGCAAUCAAGAAAGUUGUCUCUGGUAAAAUUGAAUUUGAAUUAUCAUGGGUUAUGCAGGAAAAUGACCAAGUCAUUCAGUGAGUAUUCUUCAUUAAUUUUCAUAGCUUGUUACUGUAAUGAUCAUCCAGCUUAUAAGUGGAAUUUAAAAGUCAAUUACUAUUUCAUAAUGUUAUAUUUUAGAUCAAUGAACUUGAUCAAUAAAUUUUUAAAAUGAUAUAUUGUCAUUUUUGCUGCAUGAACAAAAGGGUUGACUAAAAUCUGAAGUUUAUUUUGUCAAUGGUUUAAAUUCAUGUAAUUAUUCUUUGUUUUGUCCAAAGGUAAUUGUAUUGUGAAAUUCCAUCAACCCUUUUGCUGUUGAAUAUGCUUGAUAUUUGUAUUACCUUUACAGUCCCACAGAUGAAGAGAUAUGGGAAGAGAUAAUGCAGGAGGUCAGGGAGGAACAAGCAAGAAGAAAAGCUGAGGGAAAGACAGCCAAGUAUAAAUCUUUGAAAAAAAGAAGGAGCAGGAAACGUGGCUGCUCAAGUGGUACAGACAUUACUGCUGAGGAAGACAAAAAGAAAGAUAAAAACACUGAAUUUGGUGGCUCAAGUGGUACAGACAUUGCUCCUGGGGAAGACAAAAAGAGAGCUGAAAACAAUGAAUUUGGUGGCUCAAGUGGUACAGACAUUGCUCCUGGGGAAGAUAAAAAGAAAGAUAAAAACAAUGAAUUUGGCUGCUCAAGUGGUACAGACAUUGCUCCUGGGGAAGACAAAAAGAAAGAUAAAAACAAUGAAUUUGGCUGCUCAAGUGGUACAGACAUUGCUGCUGAGGAAGAUAAAAAAAGUAAUGAACAACAAGGUGGCAUCUUUCCAAGUAACAGACCUCAGAUGGAUCCCUCAUCUGGCAGCAAUACCAAAGUGAGGCCAGGAAAGUUUAGAAGGCAAGCAUCACCUCAUCAUGCUCCUCAUAACUCUGUUCUGCCCAAAACAUACCCUUCUGUUAGCCAGGUGCUGCCAUCAGACAGUGAAGAGAAAAAAGAGGUGCUGAGUAAAAGGAAGCUUCGUAAAACUGUCAGAUUUCAAAUUGAUGGACAGCCUGAGGUAUUACAUCCUGGUGUAGAUGAUGAAGAAGCACUGGACACCUUGUCUGUGUUGAGAGAUGAAAAUUCAUGUAAGUUAUGUUUUGUUUUUGCCUCCCAUGCUAAAGGAACAGGGGCUCAAAUUUGUUUGUUUUUUUUUUUCCUGUUGGAUCUGGUUUGUUUUCAACAAACAGUUUAAUUGUAAGACUCCUUGGAACCCUGACUCAUAAGCACUGAAUAAAAAUCAUAACAUUACAUUGUUUUAUUCUGAAAUACAACUAUUUUUGUUAAUUCUUGAUAUUAACUUUUUUGUUCAGUCUCAAGUGGAAGCCAGCUUCACUCAGAGUUGGCCAGUUAUGUUGAAGAGGAACUAAAGUUUGUUGAAGAUGAAUUAUUUUCUUCCAAAGAAGUCUGUUCAAAAGUUAAACUUGAAAUGCAGAAAGCCAUGUCAUCAGGUUUGUGAUCUAUUUAGAACUGAGCCAGUCCUUGUUUGUUUGAUAAAGUGAAGUGCCUUAGAAUUUUAAAUAAGACAAUUAAUAUGUUGCAUUCACAUGUUGAGUCAAGUUUCAGAGCUUGCAUUCCUUCAUCAAAAAAUAAUGUAGAGUUCUUUCCCCCACUUAUGAGCUAUAAUUCUUUUGCUCCAGAAUCUUAUUGGUAAUUCCCCUUACUGUCUGCACUGAGUACAAUUCUUAUGAUGUCAGAUAAUUAUUAUUUAUUAUUAUUUAACAAUUUGCCUAUAAGGCAGGUAAAUUUAAAUUACUUUUCCCUAUCCCCUGCAAAUAGACAAAAUUGAAACCCAACCCACUUACAACCCCCCAUGCCAAGAAAUAGCAAAAUACAUAAUCAUUAACAAAAGAAAAGAAAAAGGUAGUUGACUAACAUGUAUAUAAGCAUUAGGAGUAUUGAAACAGCAACAUUCUACACAAACUAAUUUUAAAAAAUGGAUGUUGUCUUGAUUGAAAACUUUGCUAAGUCUUAGAUAAAAGAAAUAUUUUAGUUUUUUGACCAAAGAAGGUAGUUCCUUUUUAGCACUUAUAUUACCUGGUAAGGUGUUCCAUAUGUUACAGAUUCUUACAAAAAAGGAAUCUCCAUAGAGUGAGGUUUUAGCUUUCAUAUUUUUGAGAAAAAGACCAGAGGCGCUAUGGUGUGAGUGAUCUGUUUUCUUGAUAUUCUUAGAUUUAAGCAUUUUGGUGGUUGGAGAUAAAUUUCAUUAGUAAGAGACUUGUUGGUUAGACCAUCAAGGUCUCCUUGGAUGGCAGUAAAAUCACUGCAGUUGACAUUUUGGAAUACUUUGAGUGAUUCGGAGUCAUCUGCAAACAUUGCCAAUGUGCAGUGACUUCUAGCAUUUGGGAAGUCAUUAAUAUACAGAAAGAUCAAGAUGGGUCCCAGUAUGGAUCCUUGAGGGACACUAGACUUUAACAGGUUCCAAUUUGAGAAAUAUCCUUUGAUGACCACUCGUUGCCUUUGAUGGCUGACUGAGGUAGUUUUCAAACCAAGUGAGAAGAGGACCAUGUAGUCACCAAACCAACUUAGUUUCUGGAUCAGUUUGUUGAGGCAGACAGAGUCAAAUGCCUUUGCAAAGUCUUACAGAAUCAGGUAAGUCUCUAGACCAGCAUCCAGAUGGUUACCAAUUUCAUUGUACACUAAGAGGAAGUGACUUACACAAGAUUUACCUUUCAAGAAGCCAGGCUGGAGGUCGUACAGUUGGCAUUUGAUAAAAUCAGUCAAUGUAGAAGCAAGAUCAGAGAAUUUGGUAUUGGAUCAGCUGAUAAUCUCCUGCCUAUAUUGUUUUGAUAUUGUAAGGAGGAACUAUGUCUUGGUCACUAACAGGAGAAUCCUAAGACAGAAUUUCUCCUUACUCUAUCUGUACAAUAUCCUGCAGACAAGUGAUGAGAAUAUAGGAAAAUAUCAAUUAUGGGAUGAAUAAUUGAUCUGAUACCAGAUUCUUCAAACUACUAUAAUGAGAAUCAUUUGGCAGACAGUAAGGAAAAUUACUAAUGAAAUCUUGGGAGUUAAAGAACAGGUAAUCCCUUAACUAGAAACACUGCAAGUUGUCACACUUAUUUCAGGUGUUAUAAGCCAUGUUUAAUUUACACAGCUUCUCCAAUGUAUAUGUCUACUUUUUGUCUGUAGACCACCAAGAAAAGUUUGAGAGCUUAAAUCAAAGCUGGCUUAUAUUGGAUAGAUUCCAUUCCAAAGCAAUGAAAAGAAAAGAUCUUCUUGCCCUGUAAGUAAUAAAGACUUAUUUUAGAAAUGAGAUAAACAUGUGCAUUAUGACCUAAAAUGUGGUGUUACAUUGAAAUCUACAAUCCAAAAACUCUGCACAGGUACUUAUAUAUGUUUACCUACUGUCUUUGAUGUGGACAAUUAAUCUACCUAUUAUAUAUUGCUUAAUACUUUUUCAUCAUUGAUGGCUUGGAAGGAAAAAAUUGUUUGAUUUAAUCAUCAAGCAGUUCCAAUAUUUUUCCUAAUUUUGUCUUUAGGUUUUUUCAGACUUUUGUGGUUCUGUUAAACUAAAGGUUGUAUUUAGCUUGAAGUAGAUUUGCUUGAUUUUCUGUUUUCCUUUCAUCAAUAUAGUGACAAAGGAAAAAACAUCGGAAAUUGUCUUAACUUACUGUGUUCAGAUUUGAGAGGCCUCUCAGAAGUGAAAGGUAACUAUUUAGUUGUUUCUCCUCAUUUUUUCUCAGUUUAGUGUUAUUUUAGACUGGUUUAGUGAGCUCUGAUUCUUAACCCUUUACACCCCAACAUAAUUCUGUGUGUGUAUAUAUAUAUAUUGCAAACUGUUCUCGUUACAUUUCCUAAGGUGCUGACAGGUGAAUUUGUUUAACAACCUUGAUUUUCUUUAGAUAGUGAUUAUUUCCUUUAUCCUUGUGAUAUUUUAAGGAGACACUACAUGCUAUUCACUCUUUAGGGUCAAAGGCAUAAGCUAAUUUGUAGAUGAAGGAAACAAGAUUUUUUAUUUUGAUUUUAGGGUGGUGGAAAACAGAUCAAAACAUAGCUCAAGAAAAAAGAGUGGCUGAGCUCAUUGAUGCAAUU